AUGGCACAUUUGUUACAGAGAUUUUCCACGUUCACGGUAGUCACGCUCAGCUUAUUUGUCGGGACAGUUAUCUUAGUAUGUAAGCACGGAUCGUCAUGGCACAUAGCAGGGGCGCGCGUAGCGAGAGCUGCCUACCGCGCCUUCUCCUCUGAGCGGCUUGAUUGCUGGUUAGCAAUACACGUGGGACUGGGACAUGUUAACGUCACGCUCACAGCGCUGUCUUGGGGAAACACAACCAUAGGUGACCCUGGUGUUGACUACAAUGAGCAGUUCCGAUGGGAAGAAGCCGGUGCAAUACAGGAGUGGUAUCGCGCAGGGCUUACCCGUGGCCUUCCAUACCCAGUGCUAUCGGUAGCAGAGCACUUUGCUGUUCAGCAUGAAGGCUUCGAGUGGGGAGCUAAGUACCGCGCAGCCGGAUACACUACGUCAACAUUGCUCUGGACAGCAUUAGCACUAUGGCUUCUAAUGAAUCUGCUCCUAGUGGUUGUCCCUCGCUAUGGUGCAUACGCAAUGGCGAUCCUCGGUGUGACAUUGUGCGCUGCUGCGGGCGGCUACUGGGCCUCUCUGCCAAACGCUCCCUUAGUAGUCAGAUUAGACGGAGCGAUGCUGUUCUUCUCGCUCGGCUGGUGCUUCUGGCUAGUCCUAAUAGCAGGUAGCGCUUGUGUACUAGUUGGGAUGGUGAUAGCGAUGCUGGAUCUAAUAUGGCCGCAUCGUUUCUCGACUGUUCUGGAGGUGGACUAUGACACUCCUUACGACAGGCACGUGCUGAUUGUCGACAGCCGACAACGAGCGAGACCUCAAACUCAAGCUUCGUUGCCUACUAGAAUUUUAAGAAGAUUGUCGUCAAAGACCCGUGAAAACGAAGCACAAGCCAGUUUGUCGGUUGUAAAUGAACGGGGUCGGGACAACCCUGCUUUUAGACAUGAACAGCGGAAACCUAACUCUCCGUGGAGGUACCCGCUCUUUAGGCGACAGAUAGACAGAGCGGACUCAGCAUCGAGUCUCGGUUCUAGUGUAAACGGGAACAGUUCCGGAAUAAAAAUGUCACCGCUCGCGAGCGAUCACCCCGCGCCAUCAGCCGCCAUCCCUCCACAUAGGUUCCGCCCGCAAAUUCCGGCGGCGGAGCGAGUGAAAGACAUGUGGUGAUUAACAAUCGGCACUAGGAUUAAUUACAUAUUUUAAAACUCUCUGAUAAUCGUGUAAAAAUAUUUUUUGAUGUUUUAGUAAGCACGUGAAUAACACGGACCAGACACAGAUUUACCAAAAUGCUAAAAAAACUUUCAUAUCGGUCGAAGCAAUGGCUUUCCAAUCGAAACAAUAGUUUCGCAACAUCGUUCCUUCAGUU